CAUCUUUAUUCUUGAUAUCGUUACAUUCUCCCCCAUCUUCCGUCACGCAAGGCUCAAGUAUUUGCCGUACAUCAACCUCUAGACUUUCGCACACCUAUCCAAAAUGCCCAGAGGCAAAGCAGGCACUGGACGCCUCAGGCCAAUCUUCAGAGGGCUCAACAUAGCCAUAUCCGGCACGUUCCACGACCAAUGGACGGACACCAAAAUCUCCAGAUGGGUUAAUCUCCGGGCCGCCGAGUUCAGCUGGCGGAUGAGUGAAGACGUGACACAUCUCGUCUGCACGAAGGAGGAAUUUGACAAGAAGGGGCCCAAAGUCAAACAAGCACUCGCACGGGCGUACAAGAAGGACAAAAAAUGCCAUAUCGUCUCCUUGGACUGGCUUGAAGACUCGCUCUUCAAGGAGAAGCGUCUGCCCGAGGACAAGUACUCUCAUGUGGCGACGCUUAAAGCCUUGAGGGACAAAGCGAGACUAGAGAAGAAGAUUGCGAAGGGGGUAGAGGAGGAGGAUAGGGCUGUGAAUGAGAACUUUUACAAUGUCUACUGGGAUCCCACCGACUUCUUUCAGUACAACAUAACCCUGUCCAGAGAUGACGAGGAGAUGGGUAUCCUUGGGGAGAGAUACGUGGUAAAGUUUGGUCCCUUUAGGCUUGAAAGACAACUAACAUCAAGAAAGCUGUACGAAUCCAACGCCCUCCCUCAUCUCUACCACGUGGGCGUCAGAUACUACAAAAGCAAAAAGGACACCAUCCCGAAGCUCCACCGACUUAGCGAGACGCCGCGUGACUUUCAGCGGGAAUACGAAUCUUUCAAACGCUUUUUCGAGAUCAAAGUCGGAUACCCGUGGGAUGAGAGACUGAUCAGGGGCGUGGGGAGCUUGGGGGCGAAGUUCUUUUCUUAUCAGCCACCGACGGGCGGAAAACCAGUUGGUUGGGUCCCAGAGGAAUACCUCCCCAAGGAGCCAACUCCGCCACGUGAGGAAGAAGUCAACACCAGCUCGGAGUCUAUGCCGAACAGUCAACCUACUUUGGUACCCAACCCUGAGGCAGAAAUCAACCCCGGCUCCGAGUCUAUGACGAGCGCUCAACUUGUUCUGUCUCUCAGACCCAAAGUUACUCAUGAAGAAGUGCCUACCGCUCCGUCGCAGGAAGGAAGUCAAGAUCAAACGCAUCAGAACGAUCACAAUCAGCACCACCAUAAUGAGUCUCAACUCACUACUAUUUCUCCUCAUACGCCCCGGCACGACACACAGAAGAAUACACUGGAAACUUGCUGCUAUAUGAAGACAGCGGCGGCGGAAGUGUCAUUGCCCACACAAACUGCAGACCCCACUGGAGGAAACGCAACAGAGUCACCGUAAUACCAGUGGUGGUGGAUGUUGAGGCACAGGUUGUCGUCUAGACAAAGUUGCGAUUCAACGCCGGGAGUUGGCGAACGGACACAACAGACACUUUCCGAGAGGAGACCUCAGCUCAAAGGGAAAAAAAACUUGACAGACGAAUCGGACAGGUAUUAUUGGACUUUAGGGACAAGGGCGCGUGGAAGGAAGUCAUAGGUAGGGGAGACCGAGGACAUACAUAUGUCAGCUCAGCAAAGCCGAGGCGGAAGUUUCAUGGGGGACGGACGAAAUGCAGACGGAUGGUCGGUCCCUUGGACGGGUAUGCCAGGCAAAA